AUGUAUAACAACGAUCGCGUGGCCUCGUGGAAUGUUCCACUUCGGACUCAAAUUCACAAAAUUGACUUCGAACACGGUACGACAACUGGAAAACGAGUGAUUCGUGUGGAUGGAGUGGAGAUUCUCCGUCGUGACUGGAUGUUCAAGUUGGUUGGAAAAGAGGUCUUCAAAUUCGGAACGACCAUCAACGUUGAGGCCAUCGGAAACUUUGCUUAUGAGUACUCAUUGACGGUGAACGGCAAGACAUACAACAAAUUCAAGGAAGAGCAAAACAAGAAGUUGCAAAGCUGGGAGAUGACAAUCUAUGGACACGACUGGAGAAUUGUCUUGGAUAAGGACUCCAUGGAGAUCUGGGCCAACGGCAACAUCAUCAAAAAAGAGGCUGAGUUUGUUGACAAUGGUACUGAAACUCAUUUUGAACUGGGAACGACACGGUGUAGAAUUGUGACAAUAAGCAGUGGGAACAGAAAGUGA